UCCAUAGAAAGGGGCAUUGCUGCGCCUGGAUUGCUACAAUUCGGAUUAAGGAAUUAGAGUCGUUUGUGGUUUCUCGCAGCAAACAUGCCAAGCCAGGUGAAGGCAACCUGUGAAGGGGCCUUAGCAGAGGAAGAAGAAGUGGCCACCUACCCGCCCGCAAAGUCCCUGCAACAGCAUGCAUACAUCCCAGACUUCAACACAUACAAGGCUCUGUACGACAAGUCCAUCCACAACCCCCAAGAAUUUUGGAUGGAGGUUGCCUCUGAUUUCUAUUGGAAAUCCCCUCCUAGCGGCAAAGUCCUGGAUUAUAAUUUUGACAUCACUAAAGGCAAUAUAUUUGUGGAGUUCAUGAAAGGGGCAAAAACCAAUGUGUGCUACAAUGUCCUGGACAGAAAUGUCCUGGAGAAAAACCUCGGGGCCAAGACAGCAUUCUUCUGGGAAGGCAAUUCGCCUGCAGAAUCUUCUGUAAUUUCCUAUGGCGAUUUACUGACAAAAGUCUGCAAGCUGUCAAAUGUCUUAAGGAGAUUAGGAGUGAAGAAAGGCAACAGAGUGGCUAUCUAUUUGCCAAUGAUCCCAGAGCUAGUGUAUUCAAUGUUGGCAUGUGCUCGAAUUGGCGCAGUUCAUUCUAUUGUGUUUGCAGGCUUUUCCUCAGAAUCACUCUGUGAAAGAAUCCUGGACUCCCAGUGUGCCGUCCUCAUUACUGCAGAUGGUGUUUUCAGAGGGGAAAAAUUGAUCAACUUGAAACAUAUCGCAGAUGAGGCAGUUCAUAAAUGCAAAGAAAAAGCUCACAUUGUAAGGAACUGUAUUGUGGUUAAACACCUCAGUGGAAGGCUCAACAACCAGAACAAAUCAAAACUUCAGGUUGCCUGGAAUCCAGACAGUGACUUGUGGUUAGAUGAGCUGAUGGUAAAUGCAGAUGAAGAAUGUGAACCUGAGUGGCUGGAUUCAGAGGAUCCACUUUUCAUUCUCUAUACUAGUGGCUCUACUGGGAAACCAAAGGGUGUGUUGCACACGGUUGCAGGAUAUCUUCUUUACACAGCGCUAACCUUCAAGUAUGUGUUUGACUACCAUGAAGAUGAUAUUUAUUGGUGCACAGCUGACAUUGGAUGGAUCACAGGCCAUUCUUACAUCACUUAUGGCCCACUAGCUAAUGGUGCAACUAGCGUCAUGUUUGAAGGAAUCCCUACAUAUCCACAUGUAGGGAGAUUCUGGGAAAUUAUUGAAAAGUAUAAAGUGACUCAGUUUUAUACGGCACCGACUGCUAUCCGCCUGCUCAUGAAGUAUGGAAAUGAAGUAAUUCAGAAGUACAAUUUAAAUUCUCUGAAGAUUCUAGGAACCGUAGGAGAACCCAUAAACUCAGAAGCCUGGCUGUGGUACUAUAACAUCAUUGGCAAUCAGAGGUGUCCCAUCGUUGACACAUUUUGGCAGACAGAAACAGGUGGUCAUGUGAUAACUCCUCUCCCGGCUGCCACUCCACUGAAGCCUGGAUCAGCUACUUUUCCAUUUUUCGGAGUGGUCCCUGCUAUUCUGAAUGAGCAUGGAGAAGAGCUGGAAGGGGAAGCUGAGGGCUAUUUAGUCUUCAAACAGCCAUGGCCAUCUAUAAUGAGGACUGUGUAUGGCAACCAGGACCGCUUUGAGAAUACCUACUUCAGAAAGUUUCCAGGAUAUUAUGUGGCUGGAGAUGGAUGCAGAAGAGAUAAGGAUGGGUACAUCUGGAUUACAGGUCGGAUAGAUGACAUGCUGAAUGUGUCAGGCCACCUGUUAAGCACUGCUGAGGUUGAGUCUGCUCUGGCAGAACAUCCAGCAGUUGCCGAGGCAGCGGUAGUUAGCCGCCCACACACGGUGAAAGGAGAAUGUCUCUACUGCUUCGUUAUUCUGAAAGAUGGCAAGAAAUUUACAGAAGUUAUAGCAGAAGAACUUAGAAAACAAGUUCGUGAGAAGAUUGGACCAAUAGCAACACCAGAUUUCAUACAGAAUGCUCCUGGAUUACCAAAAACACGAUCAGGUAAAAUAAUGCGGAGGGUCCUCAGGCAGAUUGCCCGAAAUGAGAAGGAUUUGGGAGACAUAUCUACAUUGGCAGAUCCCAGCAUAGUAGAGGUCUUGUUCAGCCAACGAUGUGAAGCAGCAGCAUGAAGGGCCUUUAAGAUUAGUUGCAGAUGACAAUCCUUUCUACCUUCUGGAUUUUACAUACCUCUUUAUGUAUAAAUUUUAAUAUACGUCAAUACAAUGAUCCGUCCAUAGCAGGAUUGGCUUUCUACAUGAAGAAGUAUCUAGGUACAUCUUCAGCAUGUGCUGGCCAUGAAAGCUGUCCAUGACAAGAAUUAUUGAUCUUAUAUUGAUUUGUGUUGGCUGGAUAUAACUAUGGGAAUCAUUUGUAUAACUUUCUGUUUAUAUUUAUGUUGAGCAAAUGUGUUCUGCAGUCAUAUAGUGAUUUUUUUAAAUACAAUAAUAUUAUUAUUUUGUUUCAAUCGGCAUAUUCAGCUUUAAGCCAUAAUUUGUUUGGUUGAUUGUAUUUUCAUUUCCAAGUAACAAAACUGAUACCAAAAUAAGCUCUAAAUUAAAAUGUCUGAUACAAAGAUUGUUGGAACAAAUGUGGAUCAUCUGCCUAGAGCAUCCAAUCACAUUUUAUCUUAAUUAUCGAAUAAUGUGUUAUUGCUUUACUUCUGCUCCUGUUUCUUUGCACCAGUCUUGUGAAUCAGCCUUAUAGGAAUGUUAAGGUCUUCAUUUGCACAAUGACCUCUUGGGGCUGACUGGCAAAAUCCAGAGCUAAUGGUGCAGUUACAUACCAAGCAAUCAGAUUUAAGCUGCAGC